CAAACUAUUAAUUGUCUGAAAAUGCCUUCAUUGCCUCAUAUUGAGACUUUUACCCAAUGGGUCACGCUGGGUUGCGGUGUAAAGGUUCGGUUUACAAAAAUGGAAUUUAAUUGGGAUGAUUUUGACGCUGAAGGGAAUUUUGACGCAAAUCAAGAUCAGACAAUAUUUUUAUGCAUUCCAGGAAAUCCAGGAAAUGACCAAUUCUACAAAGUAUUUGGCGGCUUCCUGUUGCAAGCUUUUGCUUUGGGAUCAGCUUACAAGCAUAUCAAAUUUUUUUCUAUUGCUCACGCUAAUCAUGUUCCUUUGCCACCAGGUUAA